CUUCCCGACCCGGCGGCCUCGGCAAGACCCAUGGCGGAUUCCUCGCCCGCGCUAUCCCUGCGGGAAGUCGGCCCCCGCGCAUCCCGACCUCGGGCUCCGUCGUCGUCGCCGCCGCCGCCGCCCUCACUCUCCGGCUCCGAGUCCGAGGAGGCCGAGCUGUCGCUGAGCCUGGCCCGUACGAAGACCCGCUCGUAUGGCAGCACCGCCAGCGUGCGGGCGCCGCUGGGCGCCAGCGUCAUAGAGCGCCAUGUGGAGCACCGGGUCUGCGCCGGCGACACGCUGCAGGGCAUCGCGCUCAAGUACCGAGUCACUAUGGAGCAGAUAAAAAGGGCAAAUAAACUGUUUACCAAUGAUUGUAUAUUUCUGAAGAAAACUUUGAACAUCCCAGUUAUAUCAGAGAAGCCUUCGUUGUUUAAUGGAAUUAACUCAAUUGAUUCUGCAGAAAAUGAAACUCUUGAUAGUAGUCUUUCUCAUGAAGAAGAGCCAUUUGUGGCUAGGGAAGUCCUGUCUCCUCCCAGUCCUCAUGAAUCUGAUAUUCGGCCUGUGCAGUCGGAGGAAGUGUCAGCCAGAGAUUUCCUGCAGAGACUAGACUUGCAGAUUAAGUUAUCAACACAGGCAGCCAAGAAACUAAAAGAAGAAAGCAGAGAUGAAGAAAGUCCCUAUGCAACCUCCCUCUAUCAGAGUUAGAUGAUUAGGCGGCCUAACUAACUUGGAGUAAGAAAUGGUUGGACCAUAAGGAAACCAAGAACUGAAGAUUCGAAAGCGUGUCUUUUAAAUUUCCAAAGCAUACAUCUUAAAAUCACAAUUUAGUAGUUCUGCCUACUGCAAUUGCACUGAAGUGAUCAGUUCCCUCUAGCUUUCUGUAAUUUUAAGUCUUAUCAUGGCACGGGAGCAAGAUGCAUCCUAAAGCUUAUCACUUUUGUAGGAGGUGGUAGUUUUCAGACAAGCUUUUGACAUAAAGCAUCAAAGAUUAUUUACAUAUUCAAGAUGAAAACAGUUUAUCUCCUCAUGAAAUUGUAGUUAUGUGAAAAAUAUGUUGCUGUUUAUGUGAUGCUGAAUUUGCUGUGUUUAUAACUUAAGUGCUAUAUAUAUAUAUUUCAAUAUGUAUUACAUUUUCUGUAGUAAUAGAACCAAAUUUUGUUUGUUAUUUUGUAAAAAUAAACUACAAGAAUCUGAAUGAGAAAAUAAA